AUGUACUUGAAAUACUAUUUAGAUAAAGAAGGUAAAAGAGUAUAUACUUUAAAGAAUCUUGGUCCUAAUGGAGAACAUUGCUUAACUGCUCAUCCUGCAAGAUUUUCACCUGAAGAUAAAUAUUCUAAACAGAGAAUAGCUCUAAAGAAACGAUUUAAUCUCUUUAUGAGUCAAUAA